AAAUCUUGCCGUACCAUGUUUGUCAGUGCAUGGUCUCCUGGAAUAAAUGUGGCGAAGCAGACACACGUUGAUAUUUGACGAGAAUGACGGAUUAUAAAGAAGAACAGAAGAAUGAAAUCGAAGCAUUAGAAGCAAUCUAUCCAGAGGAACUUACAAUUGAGAGUACAGACCCCUAUGUAUUCAGCCUGGCAGUAGCGUCACAAGACACCAAUGACACAGAUGAAGCCUUUGCAUGCGCCUGUCUUGUUCAGUUCACAUACGUGGAGAAUUACCCUGAUGAACCCCCACUGAUGGAGAUCAUUGACCCAGAAAACCUUGAUGAUGCAGAUGUGGAAAGUCUAACACAGUACCUCAAUGAACAGGCUCAGGAGAACAUCGGGAUGGCAAUGGUGUUUACACUGGUGUCGGCACUGCAGGAACGACUCACGACGAAUGUGGAGGACGCCCAGCGUAAAGUUGUCGAGGAUAAGGAGAGAGAACAAAGAGUAUUAGAAGAAAUAGAACGGAAACGCUUUGAAGGAACACGUGUUACAGUAGAAUCAUUUAUGUCAUGGAAGCAGAAGUUUGAUGCUGAAAUGGCAGAACUGAAGAAAAGUAAAACAGAUGUUGAAGUCACAAGCAAGAAAUUAACUGGUUAUGAACUGUUUAUGAGGGAUUCUUCCAUGAAUGACUCAGAUGUCCAGUUUCUGCAGUCAGCUGAUGCUGAUACUGUCGAAGUAGACGAAUCUCUCUUCCAGGAUAUGGAUGACCUUGACCUUGAUGAAGAUGUGGGUUGAUGUAUUGUUAUGUAGACAUGUUAGAGGAAUGAAUUGUAAAUAAAUUUAUCAUUAUUUACCUAA